GCAACAAAACUUAAGUAUAUGAGAACAAACUUAUAGAAAAAGAAGAAUUAGAAAUAAGAUUGUUCUAGUGAGUGAGUGAGGGAUGGCAAUAGCUUUUCAUACCUUCCUUCUUCAACUGCUACUCUUCUUCUUUGCUUCUUUUGCGGACGCAAACGACACGCGAAAGACAUACCUUGUGCAGAUAAAAGUUGGAGGGCAUCCAUAUGGGUCAAGUUCCGGUCACAAGGAACUACUCGGCGAAGUUCUUGACGACGAUAGCACCGUAGCGGAUGCAUUUAUCUACAGCUAUAAGGAGAGCUUCACCGGUUUCUCGGCAAGUCUCACAGAAAGUGAACGGCAAAAGCUGAUGAGGAGGAGAGAAGUAUUGGAAGUGUCACGUAGCAGAAACCUAAAGCUUCAAACGACAAGAUCAUGGGACUUCAUGAAUCUAACAUUAAAAGCUGAGCGCAAUCUCGAGAAUGAGAGUGAUUUGGUGGUGGCUGUCAUCGAUUCCGGCAUUUGGCCUUACUCUGAGCUCUUCGGUAGCGAUAGCCCUCCUCCUCUUGGUUGGGAAAACAAAUGCGAAAACAUAACUUGCAACAACAAAAUCGUUGGGGCUCGAUCAUACUACCCGAAAAAAGAAAAGUACAAGUGGGUUGAAGAGAAAUCGGUGAUUGACGUGACGGGACACGGCACACACGUAGCCUCCAUUGUUGCCGGCAGGAAAGUAGAGAAGGCAGGCUACUUUGGGCUAGCGGAAGGCACGAUGAGAGGCGGUGUUCCCAACGCGAAGAUCGCCGUUUAUAAAACAUGUUGGAGAGUAAUAAGAAAAGAUGGUAGAGCGGAUUCAGUUUGUCGAGAAGAUAAUAUCUUGAAGGCAAUAGAUGAUGCGAUCGAGGACAAGGUCGACAUCAUAUCGUAUUCUCAGGGGUUUAUAUCUAGGCUGCAAAAAGAUAAAGUCUCGUGGGCGUUCUUGAGAGCACUUAAGAAUGGAAUUUUGACUUCAGCCGCGGCCGGGAACGAUGGGAACUAUUAUUACACUGUCGCUAAUGGCGCACCUUGGGUCAUGACCGUUGCAGCGAGCUUGAAAGAUAGAUAUUUAGAGACUAAGUUGGAGCUGGAAGGAGAAGAUAAGCCGAUUAUUGUGUACGACACGAUCAACACCUUUGAGACACAAGAUUCUUUCUACCCACUUUUGGAUGAAAAAGCAUCCGCUGAAUCAACAAGAAAACGUGAACUCAUCGCUGAGAGCAACGGUUACUCAAUCUUGUCUAACUAUGAGAAGGAUGAAGGAAAAGAUGUUUUCUUCGAAUUCGCUCAAAUCAACCUCUUGGACAAAGCGAUCAAAGAGAGAGAGAAAGGCGCAAUCGUAUUGGGAAGUAGAUCUUACGACUUCAAUGAGUCGAAAAAGUUACAAUUUCCUAUCACUUCUAUAUUUUUGGACGAACAAAAGCAAGGUAAACUAUGGGAGUACUAUAAAAAAGAUCAAAGCAAAGAACGUUUAGCCAAAAUCCACAAGACCGAGGAAAUUCCACGAGAAGAGGGAUGGGUUCCAACUGUUGCUCACUUAUCAUCGAGGGGUCCUAAUUGUGACAGUUUCUUAGCAAACAUUCUCAAGCCCGAUAUAGCUGCUCCGGGGUUAGACAUCAUAGCGGGUUGGCCCGAGAAUGUGAAACUUUCGUCAGAGCGCCCCUCCGACGAUUACCGCCAUCUCAGGUUCAACAUAAUGUCAGGAACUUCCAUGGCUUGCCCUCACGCCACUGGACUUGCCUUGUACCUCAAGUCGUUCAAACGUUGGUCUCCAUCCGCUAUUAAAUCUGCCCUCAUGACCACUUCCACGGAAAUGACGGAUGAGGGCUAUGAGUUUGCAUAUGGGUCAGGUCACUUAAACGCUACAAAAGUCCGAGACCCGGGUUUGGUCUAUGAAACACAUUACCAAGACUACAUAGAUUACAUGUGCAAACUAGGUUACAACACCGAGAAGCUAAGAUCGCACGUUGGAAGCGACAAGAUAGAUUGCUCCAAGACAGAGAUAGACCACGACGCCGACCUCAACUAUCCAACCAUGACGGCUCGAGUCCCCCUGCCCCUGGACACCCCAUUCAAAAAAGUCUUCCAUAGAACGGUCACAAACGUUAACGACGGAGAAUUCACUUACCUCGGAGAAAUCAACUACCGAGGUGACAAGGACUUUGACGAGAUCAUUGUGGAUCCUCCACAGCUAACAUUUAGCGAGUUGGGAGAGACCAAGACUUUCACGGUGACUGUCACCGGAAUAUCGAAGCGGAAUUGGAAGAAGAACAAGGCGUUUAUGACAAGGAACACGUGGCUCACGUGGACGGAGAAAGACGGUUCCCGCCAAGUCAGGAGUCCGAUUGUCAUAUACUCGAUUAACGGACCCAAAGCUUGCAUGUGAAUUCCCCAAGAAGUCAAGAACUGAAGCUGCCACUAUAUAUAUGCACUCUUUAUUAAAAUAUCUAUAGUUUAGUAAAAUAAAGACUUUUGAGUCUUAUUAAUUAAUGAUCAUUCCGUUGAUAACAAGGGUGAUGUACACU